AUCUACUUCAGUCCUUCAAAGCGAGUAUCGGAAAUAGAAUAUUUUCCCCCAGGCUUGUUAUUGGCAGCCUUGUCACACCCCCAGUCACUCACCGUUUCUUGGAUACACAAGAAGUCCUCGUGACUCAUCCGCCCCCAUGGCAAGGGAACUCGUCAAGAAUUCCAGUAAGAAUGGCUGGGUGGUUCAGAAAUUCGGAGGCACGAGUGUGGGCAAAUUUCCAGACAAGAUCGCAGAGGACAUCAUAAGAACACACAUUGAGAACAACCGGCUCGUCGUGGUGUGCUCAGCCUUGAGUUCUGGCAAGAAGUCCAACGGAACUACCAGCCGAUUAUUGGAGGUGUUCAAGAAGCUACGGGCUAUUCUCGCGGCGCCCACCGACGAGAUAGUCCAGAAUGAACUGCUCCAGGACGCCAAGCACAUCGUCCAAGAUAUCUGCAAAGACCAUGCUGCCUCAGCCGAUUUGUUUGUCAAGGAUCCACAACUAAAUGCACUUCUCAAAGAGGAGACAGAUAAAGAUUGUCAGCUCCUCAUUGACUACCUCGAGGCCGCCAAGCGCUUCAACCUUGAGAUAAAUUCCAGGGCCAAGGACCGCGUGGUCAGCUUUGGUGAAAAGCUGAGCUGUAGGUUUAUGACCUAUCUGCUUCAGGAUAGAGGGGUGGCUGCAGAGUACGUCGACCUUGUCGAUAUAUUGCAUAGUGACAGCCCUGGGAGUCUUGACGCGGCCUUCUACCGGUCCGCCUCGGCCGUCGUCGCCAAAAAGAUACUGACCUGCCAAGACCGAGUGCCUGUUGUGACUGGAUUCUUUGGCAAGGCCCCUGGUGGUCUUUUGGAUGGAGACAUCGGCCGAGGGUAUACGGACCUAUGCGCGUCGUUGGCCGCCGUAGGGCUACAAGCCCAGGAGCUCCAGAUCUGGAAGGAGGUGGAUGGGAUCUUCACUGCUGACCCCUCCAAAGUCCCAACUGCUAGACUUAUCCCAUCCAUCACACCCUCCGAGGCAGCAGAGUUGACCUUUUAUGGCUCGGAAGUCAUCCAUCACUUGACCAUGGACCGCGUGAUUAAUGCCGUCCCCCCCAUACCCAUUCGAAUUAAGAAUGUCAAAAACCCCCGUGGAGAAGGAACAACUGUCAAACCAGAUCCCCUUCUAGCCGCAAAUCAGCAAAUUCAAAAGUCGAGGCAGAAUUCAGAUCCUUUAAAACGAAAGAAACCAAAGCGCCCUACCGCCGUCACCAUCAAGGACAAGAUCUCCAUCGUCAACAUCCACUCAAACAAGAGAUCGAUAGCCCAUACAUUCCUAGCACGAGUGUUCGCCAUUCUCAACCAGCAUAAGAUUUCGGUGGAUCUAAUCUCCACUAGCGAGGUUCACGUCUCGAUAGCAGUCCACACGGGCAACUCCGAACUCGAUAGCUUUGAUGGUGCCAUCAAGGACCUGUGGGAAUGCGGGGAUAUCAGUGUACUGCACGACAUGGCGAUUUUGAGCUUGGUAGGUGCUGAGAUGAAGAACAUGAUCGGUAUUGCAGGAAAGAUGUUCUCGACCCUAGGAGAACAUCGAAUUAACAUCGAAAUGAUCUCACAAGGUGCCAGUGAGAUCAAUAUCUCUUGUGUGAUUGAUUCUAAGGAUGCCGAGCGAGCCAUGAACAUUCUGCACACCAACUUGUUUACAUUCCUCGAAUAGAAGACGAAAAGGUUGAGUUCUGCCACUUGCUGACUGUCUGUGGAGCGCUUUCUUUGCAAAGACAAGAGCGAGUUAUCAAGAAUUGCAUUGCAUCGAGCUGGCGGGGUUACGAAAGCUAGCAGAUGAUUGAAAUGGGUUGGUUUUAGAGAUAUUUUAAAUACAAUAAUUAUAGAGCAUGAUAUUAGGCACUGUUGGAUGCAUCAAGCUAUUUUAUCUCAUUUCCAAUGUGGAAUUAUACCGAAAGAGAAAGUCUUCGUAACACAUGA